GUGGAACGGGCGGGGGGGGGGCGAAGCAACUGCGCCUGCGCAGAUGGAGGAAGGCCAACGUAGCUGCCUUCCCCAACCUGGCGCCCUCCUUGCUAUUCUGACCUAUCAUUCCCGCCUCCCCUUCUCAACCAGGCGGUAGAGGAUGAUGGGUUCUGUGCCAGUGCAUGGACAGGUGGACAGGCUGUGCCAUGAAGGUGAAACUGAAAAAUGUUUUUGUCAUCUACUUCCUGGUGUCCGUGAUUGGCCUCAUGUACGCACUGAUGCAAUUGGGACAGCCCUGUGAUUGCAGCCAGCACCUGAAGGCCGCUAGCGACCUCAUCCAUGCCAAGGAGAAGCGACUGUCCCAGUUGCAAAGAGAAGUGAAGCGGCUGCAGGGCCUGGAAAAAGUGCCAGAGCCUGUCGAAGAAACGCCAGUCAUCUAUGUCGUCACGCCCACCUAUGCCAGGCUGGUUCAGAAAGCCGAGCUGGUCCGUCUCUCCCAGACGUUGAUGCACGUUAGAAACCUGCACUGGAUCGUGGUCGAGGACUCGCCGAGCAAGACCCAGCUGGUCUCCGAGCUGCUGGUCCAGAGUAAGCUGCCUUUUACCCACCUCCACGCCGAGACCCCCAAGGAGCACAAACGGAAGGAGACGGAUCCCAACUGGCUGAAGCCACGCGGGGUGGAGCAGCGGAAUUUAGCCCUGCAGUGGUUGCGCGAGCAUCGUAAGCUCCCCGAUGCGGGCGUGGUGUAUUUUGCGGAUGAUGACAACACUUACAGCCUUCGCCUCUUCGAUGAGAUCCGUUCCACCCAGCGCGUCUCGGUCUGGCCCGUAGGCCUGGUGGGGGGCCUCCGUUUCGAGCGGCCCCUGGUGGAAAACGGCAAAGUGGUGGGUUUCUACACGGCGUGGAAGCCCAACCGGCCUUUCCCCAUCGACAUGGCGGGCUUCGCCGUGGCCCUGUCGCUUCUGCUGGCCAAUCCAGAGGCUCGCUUCGACUUGCUGGCCGAGCGCGGCUACUUGGAGAGCAGCCUCUUGCAGUCGCUGGUCUCGAUGGAAGAGCUGGAGCCGAAGGCAGACAACUGCACCAAGGUCCUUGUCUGGCACACUCGAACGGAGAAGCCGAAGAUGAAACAGGAGGAGCUUUUACAGAAGCAGGGCCUGGGUUCCGAUCUCAGCAUCGAGGUGUGAGAGACCAGCUCCUGUCCAGGUACCGCAACGGGGAGGACCUCUUGAACUGCAACAGGGCCUUCUCUCACCCAGACUGGCUGGUCGACAUCGAUUCCCGCCUUCGGAGCCAGGAGGAAGAGCUAACCCUGGUGAAAUCGGCCUUAGCCGAUGCCCUACGG